CUCAAUACUUGGUCGGGAAUUACUGCUUCAGUGCAGUGUGGCAUGGAAGCAAUCAGCCUGUGGCACUGCUGAGGUUGCCCAGGUUGCUUUGAGAGCGGCCCUCAGCUCGUCUGCAUUGUUGGAUCUGGUGUCUCAUCUUCCUCUUGACAAUACUCUAUAGAUUCUCUAUGGGGUUUAGGUCAGCUUGUCAGCAGAGGGAAGCAUGAAGUGCUCUAAAAUGUCCUGGUAGAUGGCUGCGCUGACUUUGGACUUGAUAUAACACAGUGGACCAACACCAGCAGAUGACAUGGCUCCCCAAACCAUCACUGAUGUGGAAACUUCACACUAGACCUCAAGCAGCUUGGACUGUGUGCCUCUCCACUCUUUCUCCAGACUCUGGGACCUUGAUUUCCAAAUGACAAAGAAUCACCUUCACUAUGCAACUUCAUUCAAUUUAUUUAUAGUGUGUGCCGGCCGGAGGUAAAAAGAUGGACGUCAGCUUGGUGCUGGGGGGGCAGGACAGCGUCCUACUGGCCAGUUGUGCUGAGCAAGCAGGCAGCCGUCUGAAACAUCCCUGUGAGGAACAGGAUCGAAGCGGCAGUCCUUCUGUCCUGCGCUCUGUAACUAACACAUGGAAGGACGGCCUUCUGAACAGGAAACGGCCAUUUGUGGGAAGAUGCUGCCACUCUUGCACACCCCAGAGUCAGGAGAGGCUUUUUAACUCCAGCAUUCCCUCGUUAGGAUUACGCAAUGUGAUCUACAUCAAUGAGACGCACACGAGACACAGAGGCUGGCUGGCACGGAGACUCAGUUAUGUACUUUUCGUCCUGGAAAGAGACGUCCGCAAGGAUAUGUUUGCCCGCAACGUGGUGGAAAAUGUGCUAAACAACACCAGGGUGCAGAGUGCCAUAGAUGAGGUUGCUUCAGAAUCUGGUGCUGCUGAUAAUGAGACUGGAACAGAUCAGAAGGCUGCGAGCAAAAUCAAACAGAAGGCCAGAGGUUUUCUCCAAGAAAUGGUGGCCAACAUCUCACCCAAUCUCAUACGGUUGACAGGAUGGACAUUGCUGAAACUCUUUAAUGGCUUCUUCUGGAGCAUUCAGAUCCACAAAGGUCAGCUGGAAAUGGUGAAGAAAGCUGCAUCAGAGUACAACGCUCCACUUGUCUUCCUUCCUGUGCACAAGUCUCAUAUUGACUACCUUCUCAUCACCUUCAUCCUGUUUUGUCACAACAUCAAAGCGCCACACAUUGCAGCUGGCAACAAUCUCAACAUCCCCAUCUUCAGCACAUUGAUUCGGAAACUGGGAGGUUUCUUUAUUCGUCGUAGGAUGGAUGAGACCCCAGAUGGAAAGAAAGAUGUCCUGUAUAGAGCUUUGUUACACGGGUACACAGAGGAGUUGUUGCAGCAGCAGCAGUUUUUGGAGGUUUAUUUGGAGGGCACGCGUUCACGCAGCGGAAAGCCAUCUCCAGCACGGGCUGGUAUUCUUUCCAUCGUGGUCGACACGCUGUGUGCUGGUGUCGUACCGGACGUGCUCAUCGUGCCUGUCGGCAUCUCCUAUGAUCGUAUUAUCGAGGGCAACUACAACAGCGAGCAGCUGGGCAAGCCUAAGAAGAAUGAGAGUCUGUGGGGAGUGGCUUGUGGUGUAUGGAGAAUGAUCCGUAAGAACUAUGGCUGUGUUCGUGUGGACUUUACUCAGCCAUUCUCUCUUAAGGAGUAUCUGGACACACAGAGAUGCAAGCAUCUGCCCGCUCCACUUACUUUGGAGCAGAUCCUCAUACCCACCAUCAUCGCCGCACGGCCAGACGAGGCUUUGUUUAAUGGGGAAGAAGAGGAGCACCCGGACUCCAGAGAGAUGUCAGACGAGCCCUGGAGGAGACAGGUCAUCUCUAACCUGGCCAAGCACAUUCUCUUCACCGCCAACAAGUCAUCAGCAAUCAUGUCUUCUCACAUUGUAGCCUGUCUUCUGUUGUACCGACACAGACAGGGUGUUUUGCUGUCCAAGCUGGUGGAGGACUUUUUCAACAUGAAGGAGGAGAUCCUCUCGCGGGACUUCGACCUGGGCUUCUCAGGGAACUCUGAGGAUGUGGUGAUGCAUGCACUGAACCUGCUGGGAAACUGCGUCAACGUGACCAGCACUAACAGAAACACUGAGUUCAUCAUCGCUCCCAAUAACACGGUGCCAUCGCUGUUCGAGCUCAACUUCUACAGCAACGGCCUCUUCCACGUCUUUAUCGCUGAUGCUAUUAUAGCAUGCAGCACUCUGGCAAUGCUGAGGGAGCAGGCUGCAGAGGUGGCUGAGGGUAAGUUCACUUCCUCGUCCACUUUGCUCAGUCAGGAAAGACUCAUCUGCAAAGCUGCUGGUCUCUCGCACUUGCUGUCCAAUGAGGUGCUUGUAACCAUGCCUUGUCAGACAGUCUACCAGGUCUUUCAUGAUGCCGUGACCAGACUUAUACAGUACGGCGUGCUAAUUGUUGCUGAGGAGGAGCAAGAGGAGUUGAGCCCUUCAGAGGAGCCUUGGCCUAAAAAGUUCCCCGAGCCUUUGUCCUGGAGGAGUGAUGAGGAGGAUGAGGACAGUGACUUUGGAGAGGAACAGAGGGAUCGCUACCUUAAGGUGAGCCUAUCCUCAGAGCACCAGGAGUUCUUCACUUUUCUGCAGCGAGUCCUCAGCCCAGUGCUGGAGGCCUACAGCGGGGCGGCUAUCUUCAUACACAGCCUCCUCACACCCAUGUCUGAACGGGAAUACACACAAAGGCUCUUCAAAUAUCUGCUCACACGCACAGAGAAAGGAGUGGCAGCUUACGGAGAGAGUGCAACCCACUACCUGGUGAAGAAUACAGUGAAAACAUUUAAAGAGCUGGCGGUCCUGAAGGAGCGCCGGGAGGACGGCGUCUGUUACCUGGAGCUGAGCACUAUGUUUCAAACUCAGGCUAACAGGAACAAACUCCUCCAGUACAUCCUGGGUUUCAGCCUGCUGUGAGCCAUCCUACCGCUCCUGCCAGCUCGCUUAAGGGCUUCUACUGGCUUUGCGCUACUAUCAAAGGUGCUACUGUAACGAAAGCUUUACCUAGAAGUGCCUUGAGAAAAUUCCUAGGAGCCGAUCAAGCCCAUUUUGCCACCUUGCCUCCCUGCACGCAUUCACAUUUAUGCUAGAUAACGGAUUUGCAGUGAGCUUGUUGUUUGAUCCAGCGCCAGUUUUCUGAGUGGUGUUUGCGUUGUUUUGUUUUUUAUUUAACAAUUUUAACAGUCCAGUUGUUUUCACUAAGUUAGGUACAAGUUUCUAUUCAGGAAUAUUUGUUUACUAGUAGAGACUCUGCUUUACCGUGUAAAUCUUGGUGUAGAUGAAUCAGAGGUUCUCAACUCAAAAUUCUCACACCCUUACUGCAACUUCAUUCUUUAUUCCAUGGGCAUUCUGCCCUCUAGUUUAGAAUUUUAAAUAAAAAAAAUACAGACAGAUUUUCUAGGCCCUCGGAUGGGACAGCGGUCUAUCACUAUAGCCCACCACCGCUGAGAUCAGGGUUCAUAUCUCGGCUGUGCUAUUGGUUGACCAGGCAUCAACAUAGACAUGAUUGGUUAUGUCUGGUAUAGGGGUGAGAUGUAAUUGGUGGCUGAAGCCCUACGAUGGAUCAGCGCCUUGUUUAGGGAAUUCCUACCUGCACCCAGUGUGUCCGGUGGAACAGGACCUGCGGCAACCCCGACCGGGAUUAAGUAGUAGACAAAAAUCAAAAGUGAGUUAUUACUACUGUUUAUUUUAAUGACCAUACGAGGAACUCCAAAUUAAAAACAUAGAGUAAGCUAAUAGAAUUAUAGCAAAUAUUCUAUAAGUAACAUUCUUUUGUGCAGAGCUUAUUAACUGUCUGUAAAAAAAAAAAACUCAGGCCCAAGGUUGAGAACCACUGAAUUAGAUUAAAAUAGCUGAAAUAAACUGUCACAAAACAGUCCCUCUCAUCGCAUUGCUUAAAUUGACUUUUUUUUAUCAUCAUGUAAGAUAAUUAUGUAUAAUAAGGUGAAGUAUAGCAAAAGGCAGUGAUAUUUAAUCUAUAUAGAACUCCAACUAAACUCAAUAGGAGUUUGUGAAUGAAACACCCACCAGGCACUGUUAACAUUGCCUGACCCUGAUAUUAAAUUACUUUUACACCAUGAUAGAGGAUUUUGACUAUCACUCAAUAUAAUAUAUAAUUGCAUUGAAAUGAAACCACUGGUUGUUGUAGAAGAUUUUUUUCAUAAGGGCAUUAAAUUCACUACAUCCACUAAAAAACUGUAAAUAGAAACGAUAGCUCAUGUAACAACUUUCUUGUAAAUAUGGAAUAUUUAAACAGUGAAAAAACAUGUUACCUUGGACUACAUUGUGCUGUUUCCUUCUUUUUUAGAUAAAUUUUGGUUGUAUUAUGGGUCAUUCCUACAAUUCGGUGCCUUUUGUGUUCACAGGACUGAUCACUGUAUUUUUUAAGUACAUUUUAAACAAUACAAUUUUUCUAAACAUCUUACUGAAAUAAUUAACACUUUCAAAUACUAAACACAAUGUUUUCUACCCCUGUGAUGUUGUUAACUGUGUAGUCAUAGCAGUCAAGGAGAGGAGCGAGGAAAACCACUGCAAAAGGGAUUUAUGUUCCAACCAGAUGUGUUUAUUCACUUUUUUCCGGUUGCUCCAAAUUACUUAAAACUAUUGACAAACAUAUAUGGGACUACUGGGAUUCUUUACCAUAACAGAAGCACUUAAAUUCACAGUCCUUCUCCUUUCUUUCUCACACUCAGAAUGAGCUCUCCCCCCUGACGCACCACUAAAGAGCCGUUUAAAUGCGCUUCAGUUCGUGCCAGCACAUUCUGGUUUAAACUACUCGUCCUUCUAGGGUGGUCUUAUUUACAGUUUCGGAGUACAUAAUCACUGUGUACACAAUAAACAUGCAAUAAUAUCAUCGAUACAUACUGUUUUUAUCUCUUAGAUACCAGCGGUUUUCCCAUGUCCCCAGUGCUGUACAUUUAGUGAUGGAUAUAUGAGGUUUAAUCAUGACAAUAUCUCAGUCUUUCAAUACUGUUUAAAAGGUUUGCUUAAGUCCCUCUAAACCUUGGAUUUUUCUUUAUGAGUUUGAUUUUAUUGCUGAUUAUAAGUGUUUUUCACACGUCCCUCAAGUUGCCAUCCACCCUGUUAUUUCUUACUACUGUCUCUUAAAAUGAAGAGCAGUUUUACAUACUGACAUUUCCUGUCGUUCACAUUAUCUUUUUGGAGGGAAAACAACUGUGGAAGAUAAGUGGCUCAUUAAACUCCUCAUUUUAAUGUUGUUUUUUCUACAUUUUAUCCUAAAAGUCUUAUAUGGUCAACCAUAACGUGUCCACCCUGUUAUGUGAUAUAUGACAAAAAGCAAUACAAUUUGAUCAUUUUUAAAAAUAUCACACUAAAAAGCAGAGAAUUCUUUGUCUGAAUUCACUUUUAUGCUAGCAUGGUUUUGCUCACUUGCUAGCUAAUGACUAAUUUUAUGUCAGAAUGUCCACUCUGUCCACCCUGUUAUGGUCCACCCUGUUACGACCUAAUACGUAACAGGCUGGACGUCACAGUGUAUAAGAGGUGCAUGUAUAAUUUAGCUUGACCAAUAUUAGUUUGGAAAAGUAUAACAUCCUUUUUAUAAUAAAACAUGAAAAAACUAAUUAAAACAGUGUUUCAUUUUCAAAAAGGUUUUAGGUCCAAAAGGCACCCAAUCCCAGGAAUGACCCUUACACUAGCUUGUAUUCAUUUGUCAUGCUUUUUAAGGCUGCGUUUCACAAACUGGUCAUGAAGCACAUAUAAUUUUACAAUGUCCCUUUACAAAUGCAUCUUUGGCUAUUCAGCACCUAUAAAUCUAUGCAACCUCUGUUUAAUUGGCCAAAUAGUUCAUGUGACUGUUAAGUCGUGUCAUGAUUUUAAACCUGUGACAAGUAGGUCUGGCGCCACCUAGAAACACUGACCACAGGACAGGAAUACACCAGUUCAAAUCAUUUCAAUAAUGUCAUUUUAAUAGUAAUUACUGAAGGAUACAAGUGCAUUUAAAACAUAACAAAAAAUUAAGCAUUAUAAACCUUUUGUUGUACUUAAAAUGCUUAGUACAUCAGGUGUAGUGGAAUUGCAUUAUGGAACCUACAUAGUGCACUAUAUGCUCAUAUCAUAUAUAUAGAUUCAGAAUAUAAAAUAAGAAUAUGUAGGACAAUUUCUUUGAAACGUUAUAAACAAUUAAAAAAUAUCUGGAAGGAAUACAUUUUUAAUUAUCCCAAUGGUCAUUUUGACCAAAAGAUUUACUAACAUGGGAUGUCUAA